AUGAGCCUCAUCAGCACCCUGAUCGCUCGCGACGGCGACCAGGCUGUCCCACAAUGUGACACGGGCAACGAAUACGAUGGCCGCAUGGGUCUGCGGAUAUCAUCCAUCUUCGUCAUCAUGGUCGGAUCGAUGUUUGGUGCAGUCUUCCCGGUCCUUGCACGGAACUUGGGUGGCUCAGGCAUUCCCGGAUGGGUCUUUUUCAUUGCAAAGUAUUUUGGCUCCGGGGUCAUCGUCGCAACGGCCUUCAUUCAUCUACUAGCGCCGGCGGAAGAGGCGUUGACAAACGAGUGUCUGACUGGCCCGAUCACAGAAUACAGCUGGGUGGAGGGAAUCAUUCUCAUGACAAUCGUUGUCCUAUUCUUCGUCGAAUUGAUGGUGAUGCGCUAUGGUAAUUUUGGUCACGGCCAUGCUCACGAGCAUGACGAUGAUCAACCCCGCCAGGAUCUGGAAGCCGCAAGUGAGCCUCAUCUGAGUGUGGUGAAUGACCCCAAAGGCAAUGUACCGGGUGAGGAUCACUUGAGCCAUUCGCGGGAGCACCACGAUGCAGAGAUGAACGAGAAGGGUCCGACUGCAUUGGAAGACUAUGUGGCGCAAAUGACCGCCAUCUUCAUCCUGGAGUUCGGUAUCAUCUUCCAUUCGGUAUUCAUUGGCCUGACGCUGGCUGUCUCGGGCGAAGAAUUCACGACACUGUACAUCGUCCUGGUCUUUCACCAGACUUUCGAGGGUCUGGGUCUGGGUUCCCGCCUCGCAACGAUCCCUUGGCCGAAGUCGAAGAGAUUUACCCCGUACAUCAUGGGUAUCGCGUUCGGCUUGACAACCCCCAUCGCCAUUGCCGUUGGCCUGGGCGUGCGCAACGCUUAUCCACCAGAGGGCCGCACGACCCUGAUCGUUAACGGUGUCUUCGAUUCCAUCUCAGCAGGGAUCCUCAUCUAUACCGCGCUCGUGGAGCUUAUGGCACACGAAUUCAUGUUCAGCACGGCCAUGCGGAAAGCCCCAAUCACCACCGUUUUAUCCGCGUUCGGUUUGCUCUGCUUGGGUGCAUUGCUUAUGGCGUUGCUCGGAAAAUGGGCUUAA